AGGAGAAGAAACGUUCGUUCCGGGCCUCACACCUCACACAGUGCGCAUGUCCAGUAGCAUACAGCAAGCAUGGAGGACGUGAGCCGCUGAAGAUUUUACCAUAAAAUCACCCUGGGAUACCAAAUAAAAGAAACAUGAUACGCAGAUCGAGAAUUAGUGUUCGGCCCAAUGUAAAGCCCAUAGGCCGCGCUCAGACAGCCUCUCGAGAUGCAUCUGUAGAUAAUGUUCAGGCUUCUGCUGACUUCACUCCAUCUGAGGGGUCAGAGGUCACGGUUGAUAAGUUACCUAUAGCAGCUUUGGAGAGGAUCAACGAGGAAGCUUCUCAGAGCAGCUGCCCUAGUGACCAGUUGGAGGCCACUAAACAUGGAGAGGAUGCAGCAUCUAAAAGUUCUGAUGCCCAGGAUUCAACAAGCACCUCUGAGACUUCUGGCCCUCAGAGGAGGAAACGCUUCACAGCUCUGCCCAACCUGGCCAAACCACGAGCCUCUCCAGCCUCUUCUAGGACUCCUAAAUCCCCAUCCAAGUCCCCUGUAAAACCAGUAACACCCAGUCAACCUGAAACCUCAACCCCCACUGAAGAGUCUUCCCUUCAGAUACCUGCGCCUGUCCAUAACCCCAGGCUUCCUGUAAGACGGAGACCUUCUGGAGGAGGCAGACAGGCCAAAGUUCUGCCCAUCCCUGCAGCCCCUCAGCAGAAUGACCAAGAGAUGCAAAAGGAUGGGGGAUUGGAGGACACACUUGUGCCAUUGACCAUUCAGCAAGGGGAGUCCCAACAUCCACUUAUAACUUCUCAACCUGAUACCGUUUUGGUCAGUGAAAACCCUCCGGCUCUUUCUGCUGUGGAAGACGUGGUUGUACAACAGGAGAGUGAUUCUCCCAGCCAGAGCCAAAUGGAUCUGUUAAGAGAAAGACUUAAUAAACUUAAGACGCCAUCGAAGAUUCUCAACUCCUUGAAAUCACUGAACGACCCAGCAGACAUGGUCAGGUUAGCUCAGGCACGGAAACUUCGGGAGCUUCUUAAAAAAGAAAUGAACAAACAAAAGGAAGACAAGAAGAAACCCAAGUUGGGAAUCAAAGAAUUCAAGGCACCCAAAGACCACACCAAAAUGACCAUGAGAGAGCUGAUCUAUUACCUGCCUGUUUCCAACCCAAUGAAGUCUUUCACAGAAGAGGAGCAGAAAGAGACGGUAUUAGAUGACUCUCCUACACCAACGUCUUCUAAGACUCCAGCUCCUCCAUCAGUUCAGGAGACAGUUGUAGAAGAUGUUGGUAAUGAAGAAGAUGAGGAAAGAAUGGAAGAAACCCAGCUGGAGGAGGAAGAGCCUCUUCUAGUGCCCAGGGUGAAGGUGGCGGAGGAUGGCUCUCUGAUUAUAGACGAGGAGAGUUUAACAGUUCAGGUGUCAAGGGCAAAAGGACCCAAUCCGGCAGAAGACAGAGAUCCUAUAUUUGAACGUGGCUCUACCACCACCUACUCCAGCUUUAGGAAGGGCACCUACACCAAACCCUGGUCCAGUGGAGAGACUGAAAUGUUUUACUUGGCCAUCAGCAUGGUGGGGACAGACUUCUCCAUGAUUGGUCAGCUGUUUCCACACCGAGCUCGAAUAGAGAUUAAGAACAAGUUCAAGAAAGAAGAGAGAAAUAACUCAUGGAGAAUAGAUAAAGCUUUCAAGGAGAAGCGGCGUUUGGAUCUAGAUUUCUUCAAACAAUUAAUGGAGCAGAUCCUAAAAAAUGAGCAAAAUAAGAAAAACAAAAACAAAGAGCUUGUCAAGUUGGCUAAAGCACAGAGGAGAGUCCAAAGGAAAGUGAGAGCAGCUAAAAGAAAGGAAAUGGACUCUUCAUCGGAUUCGGACAGUGAUGUGGUGGCUGGAGAAAAGGAGAAUGAGGACCUCUCAAAUGAUGGAGGAAGUGAUACCACUCCAAAGAAACGCAGAGGAAAAUGGACGAAUACUCCAGACAGGAGAAUUAAGAAGACAAAUGGAGAGGCUGAAAUAGAUGAACCUGAGGACUGUGAAAAUCCUACUUCUGAUGGCCAGUCACAAGAUGACAGUAGAUACACGAGUCCUGCUAUUAAACCGGCUCAGCUCAAAGGUCGACCCCAGAGACCGAUCCCAGACCUCAGCCGCAGAUGGGGGAACAGGUGCCCUGUGCCCAAAGGCAAAGAGAACGGGACCUCAGCCGGGGAGGAGAGUAAAAUGGAUAAGUUAAAGGUGCCUUCAGCCUCUAUAAAAGAGAAGAAGCAGUCUGCAGUUCUCCUUGAAUUGGAAGAUUUAGAGGAAGAACCUGAUCUGAGUGCUGUUCAAGAACAGAUAUUCAAUAAACCAACCAGGUCAGGAAGGAUCCCUAAGCUCUCUCAGCAUGUAAUACAGGCAGCAGCAGAUGAAGAGGAAGAUGAGGAAGAGCUCUCUGAUCUUCCUGUGUCUUCCAAAGUUCAUGAUCAGGACAUUAAGGCACCUGGCCGGAGAGCUAAAUUAAAACCAGGUCCCAGAUUGAAGCAGGGCAUGCCUAGGAGGGGGAAAUCUAGACUGGUGACCUUACUGGCCUCUGGAACUGAAGAUGGUGAUGAGGAAGAGGAAGUAGAAGAAUCUGUCCUGAGCCAGGAAGACUUUCCUUCAAAUCCUGAAGAGGAAAACCAGGCGUUUGUGCCAAUGAGUCUACGUCCUCUACCGCCUGUUGAUUCAGAGGUGGUAGAAACCAUGGAAGAGUUGGACAUAUCUGUGAAUGUGCCUGAUAUCCUGGGCACAUCCCAGAAUGCUUUGUGCCCCGAGUUGUCAUAUGAUCAGGCCAUGGUGCCUGCUGGUCCUGUCCCUUGUGAACACCAGUUGGACCUGCUUGUUGAUGUCAUAGAGUUUCUUGACCCAGACCACAUGGAAGUAUGUAAAGAGAUCAACAAUGAAGCAGCCCAGACUCUUCUGACCAUUGGGAACUCCGCUCAGAUGAUCCAGACAUCAGAAAUGCCCCGUACAAGUGGAAAUGAUGUUGUUGAACAGUCGAACAUUGUACAUGAAGAGGUCGUCCAUGAGGAAGUUAUCACAGAAACAGCCGUCAUGUCCGCUUCUUCUGUAAGCUGCGAGUCAGGGACAAAACGUGACGUUGAACUUUUGAGCUGUGAAACUCAUAUUCCAGAACCUUCUGCUGAAAAAACCUCCACCCAGAAAGAAGAACCAGUCAAAUCACAGACAACCGAUGCUCAUCCUGCUCCCAUUCAACAUGAGACACAGGUUCCACCAAGCAAAAGAGGUCGAUUCUCCAAACCCAAACCCAAUAUUGGUCAAGGUUUGAGAACUAGACGAGCUCCACAGCAACAAAUCUCUCCAGAACUUGGCACAGGUUCUUUGGGGAUCUCUAAGUGUCCAUCUUCCACAGAACAGGAUAAAAAUGCAAUGCAAGAAGACUCUGUUCCUGUGGAUCACCUGCCAGACUCCUCUACCAUCUACCCUGAGGUACUACAGCCGGAUACAUCAUCUGAAAGAAGAGAAGACAGUCCCAAAGUCAUUCCUGAAAGAGUGUAUAAAGAAAAUAAUGGAUCUGUCUCAUCUUUGAAGAGAAAGAAUGAUGAUAUAAUCACAGAGGAAAAUAUAAAAGAACAAGAACGGGCGAGAUCAGAGCCACAGCUGACUAGAAGUGUGAACGAGUCUCAGAGCACAUCAGUUGAGCCCUCUAAACCUGUCAGGAGGUACCGUGGACCCAAACCAAUACCAAACCUGACUCAGACAUCCAGACGCGCACAGACACAAAGCAGCACGACAUCAACCAUAGCAGUAUUAAAUGAGAAACCGUCUGCUGCUCAGCCUUCCACGGCCACUUUCACUAAAAGUCCUGAAGAGGGUGCUGUAGUUACCACAGAACUUGUGGUAUCCAAAAGUGCAGCUCAACAAGAGGGGGCAUCGAGCAUUGAAUCAGCCGAGAUAGUCAAAGCUGUCACCCGCCAGUUGUUUCUGAAAACGAGUCCAGACAGAAAACUGUGGUCAUGCUGGAUGAGAACAAUAGAACUAAUCCUGAGGAAGUUUGUGAAGGCAGCACUGUGAAACAUCCUGGAUGUAAAUCAGAAGACAUGAAAGACACGUCUGCUGAGCCCACGCCUGAGGAACCGGUGUUUAUACUGUCUCUCACAGAAAUCCCACCCACUUUAGAUGAGGGGACGGGCCUUCGGACAGAGCUCCUCCCACCUGC